GAUGCCGAUCAGUGUUCCGCAGCAUGUCUUCAGUUCCAGUGUGCUGCCGUGAAUGUUAUCGGGCUUGGAGGUUCCGCAUUUAUGUGUGAAAUAUUAGGCUUUGUGGCCGGAAUGGAACCAGCCAUGGGUGUCGCAUGCUAUACGCCUAGCGGGCCAAUUCAUCCACCAGUCCUUCCCUAUUUCUAA